UUGAAGAAGAAGUGAGGGAGUAAGAAAGCAAAGUCAGGAUCUUGAACACAAAGUCUUGGCCGGGGGUUUUCUGUAAUGAGAGGAGAUAACAAAAUGGGGUUCAGAUUUGAUUUACUUCUCUUUGCACUUACUGUACUCGCUGCACCUGUACUCUCCGAUCUGAUCCUCUCCAAAGUCGAUCGACGCAUUGAUUUGACUUCACAAAUUGUUCGCAGCGUUUCAACACUUAAGGUGGAGAAUGCUGGUUCUGAGUUGGUUUCAGAAGUUUUGUUGUCAUUUCCCGAGCACCAGGCGAAAAACUUGGCCUAUUUAAUGGCAACAUAUAGUGAAGGGAAAGGAAAAGCUAAAAGUUCUGGUGUUAGUCUCUCUGUUAAAGAAGUUAAGCCAAAAGGAAUGCCUCCAGCUUUAACCUUUUAUUCAGUAACAUUGCCUAAGGGACUGGGCAAGGGGGAUAGUUUUACUUUCGAUGUUUUGUCUGUAUUUACCCACUCCCUGCGGCCGUUUCCUGAGAAAAUUACUCAGGCUGAUAUUCAGCUUGUUAUUUUCCAGGACAGUGCUCACUUCCUCACCCCUUAUGUUGUUAAGUUCCAGUCACUCAGUAUUAAAUUACCUGAUUCCAGAAUUGAAUCUUACACAAAAUUGGAGAACACAAAGCUUCAUGGUUCAGAGAUCAAAUAUGGCCCUUUUGAGAACCUCCCCUCUUUCUCAUUCUCGCCCAUAUUUGUUCAUUUUGAAAGUAAUCAACCUUUUGCAGUUGCUAAGGAGUUGGUGAGGGAGAUAGAAAUUUCCCAUUGGGGUAAUGUGCAGGUUACAGAGCAUUACAACCUUAUCCAUGGAGGUGCUGAAAGCAAGGGUGAAUUUUCUAGGCUUGAUUACCAAGCUAGACCCCACCUCAGAGGAGCAUCAGCGUUUAGACAUCUUGUUGCGAAAUUGCCUCCAAGAGCCCAUUCGAUUUAUUACAGAGAUGAGAUUGGAAAUAUAUCAACGUCUCAUCUAUGGAGUGAUUCCAAGAAGACAGAACUAUUGAUUGAACCAAGGUAUCCAAUGAUGGGUGGUUGGAGAACUAAAUUUACCAUCGGAUAUGGUCUACCUCUCCAAGACUUUUUGUUCCAGUCAGAUGGGAAACGUUUCCUUAAUAUAACUUUUGGAAGCCCAAUGAAUGAAUUGGUCAUUGAUGAUCUCAUUGUUAAGGUUGUUUUGCCUGAGGGGUCCAGUGAUAUGUCUGUGUCUGCACCAUUUCCUGUAACACAGUGGCAAGAGACCAAAUUAUCACACUUGGACAUUUCUGGUCGGCCAGUGAUUGUGCUGCAAAAGACCAACGUUGUGCCAGAGCUUAAUCAAUUUUUCCAGGUCUAUUACAAGUUCAGCAGCUUUUCGAUGCUUAGGGAGCCAUUGAUGUUGAUUUCUGGCUUUUUCUUUCUCUUUGUUGCUGGCAUUGUGUAUAUGCAUGUUGACAUGUCAAUCUCCAAGUCUUCUCCUUCUUAUCUAGCAAAACUGCAGUGGGAUGAAGUCCAAUCAACAAUUCAGCAGCUCCAAAAUAUUAUCAAUCGUUGCCUAACUACACAUGAUAAACUGGAAGCAUCACUACGUGAGCUUUCUAGGACUGGGGAUGUUCAGGCUUGCAAAGCAGCUCGCAAAUCAGCCGAUGUUCAGUUGAAAGAGCUUUCAAAGGAGUUGAAGCCCCUGUUGGCAUUCUUGCAAUCUUCAUCAGCCGCCUCCCAAAUAUACCUCAAGGUGGAGGAGCUGGUUGCCAAGGAGAAAGAAUUGCAAGAGAAGGUAAUGGCAAAACACUCGACUGUGGUGGACGGCUAUGAGAAGAAAUCUGGGGUACGAGAUAUUGAAAACCGGGUUGCUGCACAGCAGCAGAAAAUUACAACUUUGAGGCAGGAGGUUGACAAUCUGCUGGAGCUGAUUGAUGAGAUAUGAAACAACAGGUUUAUUUAUUUAUAACUGAGUUUAGGUUUAGGUUUUUUUAUUUGAGUUCAAAUCACUGAGGUUGAUGAAGUAAUACUUCAAAUCAGGAUUUUGUUAUUUAAGGCCAAGUAUUUUUGCAAUGUAACUUACAAAGGCAAAAUGAAUUUUUGUUAAAGGAAUUUAAAUCGGCAAGUAAACAUCAUAAAUCAUUUAUUAUUUAUCCUGAUAAA